CUUUUUCAACUGCAUCACUAGUAAUCGCGAAGCACGUAAGCUAGUCGUUGUUCUAUACUUCGAUAUAUCUAGGGCAUUUGACAUGGUAUCUCACAGUAUUCUCUUUGAGAAGCUGUACUCUUGUGGAAUUCGCAACCCAUUACUGAACUGGUUAAAAUCAUUUCUAAGCAACAGGGUACAAAUAACCAAAGUUGGAUCUGUAUUGUCUCAUCCUAGGCAGAUCUCAAGUGGGGUCGUGCAAGGUAGUGUCCUAGGUCCACUUUUAUUCACAGUUUACAUUAACAGCAUUUGCAAGUGCUUCACCUCAGGUAAACCAUUCCUAUAUGCUGACGACCUCAAAGUCGUCUACUCCUGCUACACUCAUGAAUUAAGCGAUAUGGUUACUAAAAUACAUCUUGAACUAAGUAGCCUUGCAACGUGGUGUGCUGAAUCCUGUCUAAAUUUUAACAUUGACAAAUGCGGCUGGAUUUGUAUCGGCAACAGUAAGCUUGAUCUAAACCUUGAAAUAAAUGGGCGAAAACUAGCUAAGCUCAAUUCAGUCGUAGAUCUCGGUAUUAGAUACUCUAGUAACCUAACGUUCGCUGAACAGACUGAUUAUGCCAGACGUAAAACGCGAAGGCUGAUAGGAUGCAUAACACGCAAUUUCUUUUGUUGUGAAACUAGGGUUUUAUUAUACAAAGUAUGUGUCCGACCUAUCUUAGAAUACUGCACGUUUAUUCUUAGCGGACUAAGACAAAAUGACAAGCUUAAAUUAGAGGGAGUGCAACGGCAGUUUACCUCAAGAACUCUUGGUUUAGAAAGUGGUCUGGAAUACCAUGAGCGAUGCGUAAGACUAAGAUUAGAACCCCUCUGGAAAAGACGCCUUAAGCUAAACCUUAUCUUUUACUACAAGCUAACUAAUCUUCUCUUGCAUUCCUCCGAGCCAGUAACUAAACCUACCGCUGUCAUCAGUUACAAUCUUAGAAAUCAUCACAACCUAGCUGCUAUGGAGCACUGUCAGACUUACGUGCGGUACAACUUCUUCUUAAAUAAGUUUUCAGUCAUUUGGAAUAGACUACCAGCUAAUGUGCGCGAUGCAAACACACUUCCAGUGUUCAUCUCCUCAGUCACCAGACUGCUCAAAGAUGACAAUGCACUUCUACGUCUGACUCUUACACCUUCUUUUUCACCCUACAUAGAUAUUUUAAGUUCUUUAAACGUGUAGUUACAACAAACUACAAUUAUAAAUUUUAAUAUUAUUGGAACUAGAUGAUUAACAUUUCUACACAGGACAGUAAUAUUAGUUCACACAUAAUAUAAAAGUUAGCAUAACGGGACUAGUUAGUUUGUGUACCAAAAUAACCACAGUUACUAAACAGAAUAUAUAUGUAUAUAUUUAUUAAUCACUCCUUAAGGACUCCCGUUGCUUUCUUUUGCGUUGCUGUUGUUUGUCUUCUUUUUUCUCUCACCAUUUCAGCUUCCAUUUGACUUUUUGAAUGAGAAUGAAUAAUGUGGAUAUUUGACCAUUUACAAUGACAAAUGAUCUGCAAACAUUAUUGGUCCCGUAUCUUUCAGUUGCCUGGUUAAUAACGAAUUAACUUUCUCCACGACGCAACCUGGAUUACAUUUGUGGAUUACAUUUGUGGAAUAUACUCUUAUACCAAUGGAAAAGUAUCAAUUUGUAAUACAACUUCACGAUUGUAGCUUAUAACAUAACUGAUCGUAUCUGUAAAAAUAGCUUCCUUAUUACCCAAUUUGGAUAUAAAUCAAAUCAAAAAUGAGAUUCGGAUUUGUACACACCCAAGUUAUAUUGAGGAAUUACUUCAAGCUUUAUUUUUUCCCAAGUAUUUUUAAUCCAUCCAAAACUUACUUGGGUUUUUUUGUUAAUGCGAAGACAAUAUUCCUAUAUUUCAUGAUGUGCUCCAUUGAAUGACUUGUUAUAUUGUGGAAUAACUUCAAGCUUUAUUUUUUCCCAAGUAUUUUUAAUCCAUCCAAAACUUACUUGGGUUUUUUUGUUAAUGCGAAGUCAAUAUUCCUAUAUUUCAUGAUGUGCUCCAUUGAAUGACUGGUUAUCAUAUUGUUCCCACAGACCUAAAAAAAUGGCAUGCAUUUUCAUGUAAAUUUAUAUGUUUAUAUGAGAAUAUACAUUAUUAUAAUUAUUAUUAAAACAAAAACGCCAGCAACCAUGUAACUUAACCAUAAACCGAAUUUAUGAAAUUUAAUUAAUGCUUAUCCAUGCCUGUAUAUUUGGUGUGUCCUACACAAGUAGGAAAAAAUGUGUACUUUAUUAAAACAUUAUUAUUAAUUACGAUUGCUAAUCGUAUAUGUAAUUUAUCAUAUUGAUGAUGCCUGUAAACUGGCGUCUC